CCAAAGACCAGGGUUGCAUGGGAGCGUGGGUAAAAAUGAGGUCAGAAUGGACAGCAGGCUCAGCGUGCUAACCAGAUAGCCAAUGUGGAGAGGCUUGCUGCUGAAGGGCACCACCUGUGUCUUGCAGGUGGCAACCCCAAGGAUUUUCCACCAAAAGCUCUUUUCAUCCUUACAACUGAGACUCUUCACUCAAAGUCUCCUUCACAGGCCUGCUGAGGCUACAUGUGCUUCUAGACUUAAGGGUGCAGGCUCCUUGCUGGUACACGAGAGAAUCAGGGGGUAUAAAAAGGAUGCCAAGUCUACUGUAGAGUUCCCCCUGAGUCCCAUCACAGUCACAGACAUCAAACAGUACCUCCGCUCCAAAGAUAUAUCAUUCCACGAUGGCUACAGCUGCCUACACAUCCCAAGCAUAUUCAUCGAUUCCACUACAAGGAAGGACAGUUUUUCUUUGUUCAUCGACAAAACCACUGGACAGUUUCUGUGUAAAGACACACAGGUGGAAGGGAGCUGGGAGGACCUUCAAGACUGUGUGGAGGUGAUGCAAAAGGAAGGGCAGGACUUCCUCAGUCCUCAUGUGCUGCUGGGGUAUCCUGAAAGUGUGGAGGAGCAGGAGGAGUUGGAGAGGGAGCUGAGGGAGGUGCAGGGAAUCUGGGCAAGUGCUGUUCCCUUCACUGAUCUUCCCGAAGAAGAGGCUCAGCUGAUUAAAACCAUGUUCCAGAUUUCAAAGAUCUCUAAUGCAACCUUUAAGAAGUUUGGCGUAAGGCUCUUCAAACCCACCAAGAGUCUGGUUUUCCCUUGGUUUGGCGGACCUGACUCCUCUUUAAAGGGGAUUAAGCUCCUCUCUGCUCAGAGGACAGACGACGACUCCGUCACCUAUAAUGAAGCAACAGUCCCAAAAUGUAGCUCCUAUUACAACUUGUUUGGCCUCCCUCUUGUAAGCCGCUUAGACUCUGAGGUGGUGAUAACUGGUCACGAGUUGGAUACUCUGGCCGUAAGCCAGGCCACAGGACUCCCCAGUGUUGCUCUUCCUCGUGGGGUCAGCUGCCUCCCUCCGGUCCUGCUGCCUUACCUGGAGCAGUUCAAGCGUGUGACGCUUUGGCUCGGAGGAGACAUUCGCUCCUGGGAGGCGUCAAAGAUCUUUUCGCGUAAGCUGGGACUAAGGAGGUGUGCUCUGGUGCGGCCUGGGGAGUACCAGCCAUGCCCAUCGGAGGCGCUGGCCCGAGGCAAGAAUUUAAGCCGCAUCAUCAAAGCCUCCAUCCCAGCAGCACACAAGUCCAUUGUUUCCUUCAAGCAGCUCAGAGAGGAUGUGUACGGCGAGCUGGUCAACACAGACCAGGUGGCCGGAGUCAAGUGGAUGAGGUUUCCAGACCUCAACAGGAUCUUGAAGGGACACAGAAAAGGAGAGCUCACGGUUUUCACAGGUCCUACCGGAAGUGGGAAGACCACCUUCAUCAGCGAGUUGGCCCUGGACCUUUGCAUGCAGGGCGUCAACACAUUAUGGGGCAGUUUUGAGAUCAACAACGUGCGUCUGGCUAAGAUCAUGCUGACACAGUUUGCCAUGCAGAGGCUGGAGGAGAAUCUGGAGCAGUACGAUUUUUGGGCUGACAAGUUUGAAGAGCUGCCACUUUACUUCAUGACUUUCCACGGACAGCAGAACAUCAAGACAGUACUGGAUACUAUGCAGCAUGCUGUCUACCUCUACGAUAUCAACCAUGUCGUCAUUGAUAACCUGCAGUUCAUGAUGGGACAAGAAAACCUCUCAGUAGACAAGUUUGCCGUCCAGGACCACAUAAUUGGGGUUUUCAGGAAGUUUGCCACCAACAGCAGCUGCCAUGUCACUCUGAUCAUUCACCCGAGAAAAGAGGAGGAUGACCGAGAACUGCAAACAGCAUCUAUUUUUGGUUCUGCUAAAGCCAGCCAAGAGGCCGACAACGUCCUCAUUCUGCAGGAGAAGAAGGUGGUGUCAUGUCCAGGUCGAAGAUCCCUGCAGAUCACCAAAAACCGCUUCGAUGGAGACGUGGGCAUCUUUCCUCUGGAAUUCAUCAAGUCCUCGCUCACCUUUUCAUCUGCUCUCAAAGGCAAACUCAAGCUGAAGAAGGUUCCUGCCAAAUCAGAAAACGAAGAGGAGGACAAGGAGAACACUGUGGCAUUGAAUAAAGAAGGUAAAAAAGAAAAGGCAGAGAAAGUAGGAAAGACAAAGACACCACGAAAUGUAAAGAGUCCUGUGACAGGAAGUGAAACUAGCCAGAAGUAAUAAAGAAAAGUGUCAUAUGGACCAGGGUCAAAACUUUUUGUCAUAAGCUGAAUAUAAAUGUAUAAAUACAAAGGAGGACAAAGACAAGUAUAAAAUAUAAAAAAUAGCAACUUUGAUUGUAGCUCACAAUGAAAUGAUCCAGAAAAUGCAGAUAUGUAAGGAUUUGUUUCAUCAUGGAAGGAAAGUAAGACAUUAAAACUAGAAUGUGAAAUGAUGUUAGUAACAUGUUAAAUGUCUAUGGUGUUUAAAGCUUUCAUAUGCAAGUACUUCUAAAUAUUAACUCUGAAUUGUGUCAUGCUUAGAUGUUAUCCACCAGUUUGGAAGCAAUAUAGUGACAUAAGGAGCUGCUGUGUUUCAUGGUAACCAUGGAAACCAAGUUUUGCAUAUUACCACAAUGUGUUCUCUACUGGCAUUUUUUGUAUUAUCACGAUAUAUAAACUUUUUUUAAAAAAAGUGCAUCUGGUGCAGA